AUGGCCGACCCACUCGCCUUUUCCCAUGACAAUUCCAUUGACAGCAUCCUCUCUGAGGGUUCUUCAGUAGGCGGUACCCCUCGUCGCGCUCAUCCUGCUCGUUUUCCUAAACCCACCACGGCUUCGGAGACCCAAGGCACUCUCAAAGCCUCCAGACUCGCGUCUCCACCGGGUCGCACGCCUACUCGCACAAACUCUGGCGGCAACGAUUCUAUUUUGUCGGAAGAAUCGCCACUCGCAAACCGUUCAACCGCUUCGCGCAAAAAUUCCGGUGAAAGCCAAGGUGGUCUUCCUCCCACGACGCCUUCUAACAUAAACGUUGGGAAAAAUACCAAAGGUAGAACUUCCACCGCGCGACGUUCAAAGAUGAACCGUCGCAAGUCAGUCGCCGGUAUGUCGGAAGACGAGUCUUCUGCCAGCGAGGCCGAGGGCCCUGCUGGAUCCGAGAAAAUAUUCGAAAAGGCUUUCCAGAAAUACGACAAAAAUGAUGAUGGACAAAUCCCAAUGUCCGACUUCCUACACUUCUUUGAUACCCUACAAACACAGCUACCGCCUCUCUCGGAGCCUCUUCUUCAACCCGGUGUCAGAGAGCAAAUGAUUAACAUGAUGUCUGAUGUCAUGGCACAAUCUGGUAGUCCAAUCUAUAUCAGUAAAACCGAAACGAAGGAUUUCUAUAGAACAGUUGCUGGGAAAGACAUCACUCAAGAACUGAACGACCGAAGACACGGAACAUUCCCGAAGGCAGGAGAGGUCUCAAGCUUCAGAGGAAGGCUGGAGGCGGCACGAAUACCUGAAGAUAUCGACACAACUAUGAUGGACACACCACGCCGCGGCUCGGCCAUAAGCCCCGAGAGACGGACACCAUUUGGCGGUUCCUUCGCCCGGCCAACUGGCCCUAGGAGACAACAGUCCAUUGGCAUCAGUCCAUUCGGUGAAAUCCCCGAUGAUGAGCUUAGCGAUCUCGGAUCGGAAGCAAGUGCCGAACUUACUGGCAACUUUCUCGCCGCAUCGACCCCAGCUCAGGUCUCCAAAAGGCCAGGGCAUGGUUACUUCAGUCCCCCUAUUGCAAGCCCGACUCAUUCUACUUUAUCAUUUGGCGACAUUUCCGCCGCUCCAGGGCUUAGAGCUACGAUGGGAUCCCCUGGGUUUAACGCAUCCGCAAUCCUCGAGCAGGACCUCGCAAAUGUCCACAGGGAACUCAAACAAAAACAAGCCGAUUUCGAUGAAAAGGAACAAGAACUCAACGAACUUAGGCUUAGGGUCGAUAGGAAUAGAGAAGAGUUCGAAGACGAAAUCAUGGGUCUGAAUGAGGAGAUAGCCCGGAAUCGAAAAGAUCUAUCAGAAAAACGAUCAGAGAUUGCUCAACUCAAUCGGGACAAAGACGAUCUGCGAGCCGAAGCAGCUGUCUACCUUGACCAAGUUUCCGACGCCAAGAAAGAUAUAGAACAGUUCCACCAUCAACAUACCGUAGAUCGGGAAAACAUCUAUAAUCUAUCCCAGGAUAAUCAGAAAUAUGGCAAACAAGCCGCCGAUGCCCUCCGUCGCGUUGAAGCCCUUACAGCGGACCUCCAAACAGUUAUGGAACAGAAGGGAGAGAUCGAAGCACAAAGAGCAUCUCUCCAAAGAAAGGCGGACCUUAUGACUGGACUACACAAACAGAUCAAAGAUUUACGGGAGGACCAGAAGGAGCGAGAGUUUGAGAUCGAUAGGCUCAGGUCCGAACUCCACAGUCGACAAAUGGAUAUUGAAAUGCUCAUGACUGGUAACCCCACCACUACCGGCAGGUCGAGACUUAGUACUGGCCCAGGCACUUUGGGCUUGCUGAGUGAUGAGUUGGGCGACAAUGGACUCGAGGAUGAAGAUGAGGACGAAGAAGACGAGGAGGAAGAGGAGGUUGUCACCACUACGAAGACAAUUAAACGAAAGAAGAAGGCAGCAAUUCAAAAGAAAGGAGAUACAUCCCUUUCCGACAUUGCCUCUCCAGAACCCUUCGAAAUUGUUGAAAGAAUUGCCGAAACCUCAGAACGUGGUAUUCAGUGCGAUCCAUUCCCAUGGACCGCCGAGUCAGGUACUAGUAUGGAAGAUGACUCGCCGAUCCGGAUGUUUACGACUGAAACCCAAACGGAUGUCACCGUCCCCGCCGGUGUUUCCCUCCAAGAACACUACGAGGCGCUUGCGCCUCUUCCCCCCCUACCAAUUCUUGAAUUCUCGAUGGACGAGGAAGGACUUCAAAAAAUCAGCGAUUAUGAAGAGCUCGCAAAGGAGGCAGAACUCUCGCGCAAACAACUUCGUGAGCUCAGCCAAGCUAUUGGUGUACAGGCAGAUGUCAUUGAGCGACUCAAGAUGCUCGGUGAAGCCAAUGCCACCCACAAAGUUCGCAAGGUUGUUACCGUCGUUGAGAAAUUCAUGCCAGGCGAAAACCCCAUCGCCUAUCUCAACUACGCUACCUUUUGGCUCCAGAACUGGCUUUACUAUGCCUUCAAGCGGCAGUUUUAUAAGUCAGAGAAAGGAGACGAAUGGGAAAAUUUCCUAGCCUCUCACCCCCAACCGAAUAUGAAUGCCGUCGCCUCAUUGCUAGUUUUUUUCAUUCUGAUUUUCGUUAUGGCUUAUCUUAUUAUCAGCCUUCAAUUACAGAAGAGUAAUCAAGAUGCCAUGUGGAAGCAGUUGAAUACUUUGAAAGGUUAUCCGAAAAACCCUGGGACGUCCGGGCCGCUCUUCGGGAGUAGAACUUGGAGAGUUUUCAAGUUCGAUCUCCAGCGGAUGUUGUACGGACAGGUCAGGUUCCCCGUUUGA